AUGGCUGACACGAAGGCGAGAAUUGAUCUCAUCCCUUGGGAUUUCAACUCCGAGGAGCAUCAUCAACGCAUGUACCUGCAACGACUGGCCUGUGGAUGGAGGAGUGACGAGAUCCAGAAAUGGGCCGAACUUGGAAGGGCCGGUAAAAAGACCCUUUACUGGAUUGGGCUGGCUGAAGACCUGUCAGAUCGGGAGACGCUCAGCGCCCAGCACAUUGCCGAGAAUCUACAGGAGUCAGCUCCAAUCACGGACACAGCACCAACUCACUGGCAACAGCCGCGCACGCCCAGCAGCCGAGCCUUCGUCCCUAUCGGACACGUCGCCCUCGACUUACGCCCCGAAGAGAAUGCCCACCUCAACCUCACAGAUGACGGAAUUGUAUGGGUCGCCGGGCUCUAUGUCUCCUGGACCCUCCAGCGCUACGGCUUCGGCCGGGAGGCGAUGCGUCUCGUUGAGCACCUCGCCUCCCGGGAGCCCCUCGGUGCAAAGUGGAUCGUCCUGGACACCAUGCCCCGGGACCAGCAGAUGAAGCCGGCCUUCAUAAAGAAGGUGUAUUUCGCACAGGGGAAACCAGCGCCGAAGGUUCCCAUACAGGACUGGUACGAGGGGCAAGGAUACGAGUCUUUUGCCAGGGACGUGGCUGCGUACAAAUGGGCGAACCCGGUUACUGGAGAGACUGAAGAUUUUGAUUACCUCUUUUUGAGAAAGAGGCUGACUUAG